AUGGCAUCAAAUCUUUUUUUCGUCGCGGUCUUCUGUUUGACCAGCGGACUGUGGGUCGGAGCAAAUGUAAACACAUGCAAGACCUGCCCUGAUGGCUGGGUCCGUUUUAAAGACAGCUGUUACCAGUACCACCACACCGCCAAGGACUGGGCUGAUGCAGAGCGCACCUGCAUUCGCCUUCAUGGCAAUCUGGCAUCAAUCCACAGCAAAGAGGAACACGACUUCAUCCAACACCUCAUCCACAGAGCAACCGGCAAGGACGGACAAACUCACAUUGGAGGCCAUGACACCGCAAAGGAGGGUGCGUGGAUGUGGUCUGAUGGGACCCCCUUUGACUUCAAGGGUUUGUGGGGUCCAGGGCAGCCCGACAACGCUCACCACAGAGAACACUGCCUGGAGCUCAACUACCGACGUGCACCAAAUGACAACCAAUGCAAGAUUGCGAAACCCUUUGUCUGUGGCAUGCACCUGUGA